AUGGAAAACCACCUUUCUCAAAUGGGAAUUGCCCAAAAUAAGUUAACAGAAAGAUAUGCGGAAUAUUCGGGACCAGCACAUGAUCAUCACUUGUAUUAUCCUUAUGAACCAGCACCGCCUUCGCAAGGGCACGAGGGCUCGUUUAAGCACCAAUUUGUAAAUGGAAGCCAUAAAAAUAGUCCAGCAAUGUCAGCUCUGACACUGCUAGCUUUUCUGUUUUUUUUACAUAUUCUCCAACAAUGUUUGAAAGACCAUAUGAUCAAUGUGAGUACACCGCAAGUAAUGAUUAUGACCGGCGGAAGAGAAGGCGAGGAAAACAUCGCAAAACUUUCCCACAGUAAAGUCGAUAAAACCGGAGAAGUUGAGACAGAGCAAGGACAUAAGAUAAAUAUACUUAAUCACAAAGGUGCAGUCGAAACACCAAACGACGAUAACGAAAAGUAUUUAAUGAAAAUUACAACAUCUGAACAGGGCUCAUGGAAAAAACACGAUACUCAUGAAAAAUUCAACAGGCACGUUAUAACAUACGACAAUCAAAGACCAACAAAAUCUUCGGAUUACUCAAGCACCACGGACAACUAA